AUGUCGGGGAACAUCGUGGACCAGGAGCUGCUGGACGCAGAGCGCGCAGCAUCUCCUCAGCGUUACCAACAGCGCGACAGUGCUGAAAUCGAGCGAGUCAUCUCCAACUCUACCGUCUCAUCUUCAUCCUCCGAGAACUCAGCCCGUCGACGAAGCCGUUCCAUCGGCCAAUACAACAGCAUCAGCCGUGUCUCGACCCAGAACGACCUUGAGCGCCAUCCCACUGCACUCAGCCGAAUUCAAACCGCUCGUAGCCAGCACAAUGCCACCGUCGGAGGUAGUCUGCGAUCCCGAACUGCUUCGCGCGCCUCAAGGAAGCCUCUGCCCAACUUUGGCGCUGGAAAGCCUUAUCCACCUCCCUUGCCUGAGCAGGAACAGUAUGUUGUCGAGUUCGAUGGACCCAAUGAUCCUAUGCACUCGCAAAAUUGGCCAUUGAAGAAGAAGCUUAUUACUGCUGCUGUUCUGGGUUUCACCACCAUGACAUCUGCCUUCACAUCCUCCAUUUUCUCUGCUGCUACUAUGGUUGUUUCCGCAGAGUACAAUGUUGGCAAUGAAGUUGGUCUCUUGGGAACUACUUUCUACGUGCUUGGCUUCGCUUUCGGACCUUCUCUUUGGGCUCCUCUGUCUGAGUUGAAAGGACGUCGUUUGCCGAUUCUCAUCUCAAUCUUUGGUUUCUCCGUCUUCUCAAUUGGUUGUGCUACUGGCAAGGAUAUUCAGACCAUUCUGCUCUGUCGGUUCUUUAGUGGUUUCUUUGGUGCUUGUCCUCUUGCUGUCGUUGCAGCUGUCUUCUCCGACAUGUUCGACAACCGUACUCGAGGUACUGCCAUCACUCUGUUCUCCAUGUCCGUCUUCACUGGUCCUCUUCUCGCUCCCUUCAUUGGUGGUUUCAUCGUUGAAUCUCACCUUGGCUGGCGCUGGACCGAGUAUCUCGCCUCCAUCAUGGGUUUCACUGCUCUCAUUCUCGACGUCAUCUUUUUGGAGGAGACUUACCCUCCUGUCAUUCUCAUCGCCAAGGCGGCUGAUCUGCGACGUCGCACAAAGAACUGGGGUAUCCAUGCCAAGCAGGAGGAAAUCGAGGUUGAUUUCAAGGAGCUUGUGCAGAAGAACUUUUCUCGACCUCUUCGUCUGCUCUUCACCGAGCCCAUCAUUCUCUUGCUCUCCAUCUACAUGAGUUUCAUCUAUGGUCUUCUCUACCUUUUCCUUACCGCCUACCCGCUUGUCUUUGUCGGUGUUCACGGCUUCAGCUCUGGCCAGUCUGGUCUCUGCUUCUUCGGUAUGAUCAUUGGUCAGCUCAUUGCUGGUGCCUCGGUCAUUGCUAUGCAGCCCUGGUACAUCCGAAAGCUUGAAGCCAACAAUGGCAUUCCUAUUCCCGAAUGGCGACUUCCAAAUGUCAUGGCUGGUGGUGUCUCCUUCACCAUCGGUAUCUUCUGGUUUGGAUGGACUGGAUACACCUCCAACAUUCACUGGAUUGUUCCCGCUCUGAGUGGUCUUUUCACAGGCUUCGGUCUCAUGUCCAUCUUCCUUCAGGCUCUCAACUACCUUGUCGAUGCCUAUCUCAUGUUCGCCGCCUCAGCCAUUGCUGGCAACACCUUCCUCCGAUCCCUUUGCGGUGCCGGUUUCCCUCUCUUUGCCCGCCAAAUGUUUGAUGGCAUGGGCAUUCAAUAUGCCGCCACUCUUCUCGGCUGCGUUGCUGCCGUGCUUGCGCCCAUUCCCUUCAUCUUCUACCGAUAUGGUGCCAAGAUUCGCGCGAAGAGCAAGUAUGCUCCCACUGCUCCUCCUGCCCCUGGAUCUGGUUCUUCUGCCGAGGAGGACGAGAAGGAGACUGGCAAUGACACUGCUUUGGCGGCUGUCAGAUCUCGACGUGACAGCGUUGGCAGCAGAAAGGAAACCGCCUAA